AUGCUAAAGGAAGAUGUAACAAAACUCCAGAUUAUCAAAGGUCACUAUUCUGUGCGAAAUGUAACGAAACGUGACGGAAUUGCUAUGAAGAAAAGGCAAGAGUUACGCGAAACAAAACAGCUCCUGCACAAAUACAAACAAACUAGUAAAAAGUUUCAAAUGGAGAAGUCAGACACGAGUGCUGAAUUGAUUGACUUGAAGUCUCUUAAUGAAACACUUUUGGCAGAAAAUAGAAAGCUUCAAGAUGAUCAGAAAAAGAAAGUAUAUGCGCAGAAACUAAAUAGUUAUUACAGAAGUACGAUAAGAAAGAUACGUGGAUGUAAGCUGCCAAAAGAAAACCAGAAAAUUGAAGUUCAGAAUGAAGAUGAUGAUGUUGAAAUGUUGUUAGAAAAUGAAAUUAUAAAAGAGAAUAUAAAUGCUACAAUGACAAACUUGAAAGAUGAUAGAGGAAUAUUUUCAAAUGAAUUAAGAAUGUGUAUAAUUGAUCUUUUUGGACUUGAGGUAGCUGUUGAAAAAAAUACACCAGCCAUACAGAUAGUUGCUCAACACCUCUUUCACUGUAAUAUUGAAGCCUCAGAUAUGCCAACAAAUUCUUCUGUUCAAAACAUUGUUGACGAGGGUCAGUUCUUAGUUAAAAGCUACACAGCUGAUAGAAUAAAACAAUCUGAAAGCUUUGGAUUAAGCCGGGAUGGAACAUCAAGACAGAAGAGAAAGAUUUUGGACACUGCGAUCACAUUGGACAAUGGUGAAAUUGUCAGCUUAGGGUUUAAGAGAGUUGUUUCUGAGACUGCAGCCAAAAUAAAUGAUGUAACAAAAUCACACUUUAAAGAACUUGCGAAAGUAGAUUCAGAAUCGCAUCUGAGAGAUAUCGAAGAAUCAAACUUUGUGGCCGAGUCUCUACAGAAAUUAGCGUUCACCAUGAGUGACAGGGCUGCUAAUAAAAAAUGUGCAGACAAACUGCUAAGCGAAUGGAGAGACAAUGAACUUGAGUUGUGCUCAAAUGAAGGCUCCAAAGCCACCGUACUUCAGUUCCAUUGUAUGGCCCAUGUACUCCUCGGCUUUCAUCGAUAUGCCUGUGAAGACCUGAAACAUGAAGAAAAAAGUUUGGCAGCGGACGAGCAAUUAGGUCGUGACCAGCUACCAUAUUUUAAAAAUUGGUCGAAAAAGCAGACUGUUGUUGAAAGGGUUGCAUACACAACAUCUACAAUAUUUGGGCCAGCUGGCGACCACCUUGGCCUUAGGGACAGAUGGGAAUCUCACUGUGCUGCCAAGGGAAUCAAAUCCCUAAUUGGCAACUACAGAGACAAUCGCUUUAAUGGUCUGUUUCAGACAUCAGCAGAGAUUUUGUACCACUUGUCUGACUUUCUUUUGGUCAUCAAGACUGUUAAAUGUCUAAACAACAAAAUUAAAGCUGUUGAAGCUGACUUGGUAUCGCCAGUGGUACAGACCAUGCUCAAAGCCCUGACUGCAGCCUACAUCAUAGAGACCGGUCCGGACACCAUCGAAAUCAGACCUACAAAGGACCCACGUGACCUUGGGUGUGAGCACCACUUUGGGGACCUGGACAGCUCCCAGCGAAGAAGGCCGAAUGCAUCAAUUCAUCACCACUCCAGUGUUCAGCUCAUAAAGAGGAAUAGGAGACAGCUUUUCAAGUGGUUGGAUGAAAAACCUGACAAUGAAAAGGCCACACUCAUGAAAGCUGCACGAAGUGGUGGUCGUGACUUGCGCAAGGCGCAUAUGGCUGAGGAGAGUUUAGUCAAACGUGAACUUUUCAACACCAUGCAAGAGGAACCAAAGAAGAAGAGGAAGAAGUCCAGUAAGCCAUCUGACAAACCAGAAUCGGAGCCAAUUCUCGACUCUACAAUCCAUUCUUUUCAUGUGAAUGACUAUGUUGCCAUCGCAUAUCAAGAUGCCUGGUACCCAGGAUGUGUUGAAGAGGUUGAUGAAACUACCGCUGUAGUAAACUUCAUGGCACCAUGUCGUACUGCUGGCGCAAAGGAGUGGUUUACCAAUGCGAAGAGUGUAUGA